ACCAAGCUCAGAGCUGGGGUCCUGCACGCAGCAAAGCAGUUUGCAAGCUAGUGUAACGUUUCAGGCAGAAGCCAAUGCCAAGGAGGAGGCCUCAGACUUCCCUCGAUCUUGCCUGUCGAGCCUGCAUCUCGCUUGGGUAGUGUCUCAGGGCCAGUCACUGGCUAUGGACGCACCCGUGCCUUUGUUCGAUGUGGAUUCUGUGUGACCUAUUUCAGGGCGUUGAGAAGAAUUUCUGAGAAUUCUUGUUUUGCUCAACAAAUCUUCUUCACCAUGGACACUGAGGAGUAUGUAGCAGGGCCCGAUGAUGGUCGUAAGCCAGCAAAAUGGGAGGAACUCAAGGAGAACGUUUACCUGAACGAGCGAAAGUCAAGCAAGAAUGGCAAGAGGGACAACAAAAUGCAGUGCGACUGCGAAAUAGCUUAUGAAAAUGGCCAGCCAAUACUUGGAUGUGGGGAGGACUGCAUAAACCGUCUGCUGAUGAUAGAGUGCAACCCCAAGCUCUGUGAAUAUGGAGAAUUUUGUCAAAACCAGCGCUUCCAAAAGCGUCAACAUGCUCACGUAGAACAGUUUAAUACUGGCGAGAAGGGUUGGGGGCUACGAGCCAAAGCGGACAUAGCAGAGGGUGCGUUUGUUCUUGAGUACAUCGGAGAGGUAUGUUCUAAUCAGCAAUUCCAGGAAAGGUCGGCAAGAUAUCACCUCGACGGGCGGCGACACCAUUACUUCAUGACAUUGCGGACUGAUGAAAUCAUCGAUGCCACUUUGAAGGGUAGCAUUUCCAGAUUCAUCAACCAUAGCUGUGAACCCAACUGCGAAACGCAGAAAUGGACCGUCAAUGGACAUCUGCGCAUCGGCUUCUUCUGUAUUUCACCGAUCAAGCAAGGCGAGGAAUUGACAUUUGAUUACCAGUUUCAACGCAGUGGUGAAGGAGCUCAGCCAUGUUACUGUGGAUCGACGAAAUGCCGUGGCAUCAUUGGAGGAAAGCGAGAACGUUCAGAGAAAGUGCCAGAGAAGGGUCGACCCACCGGAGGUAAGAAACCCAGGACAUUGCCCGAAGAAGACGAGUUCACGACCGAAGUGAAGAGUCUGCGUAGUGGCUCUGGCGUGGGAAUCAGAGAGGCGAGCAAUAUUCUACCAUUGUCACGACUAAUGGUGACAGCUGACCGAAGUGAUCAACGCCUUCUAGUACUUCAAACACUGCUAGCCACUGGAGAUGAGAAAUGUCUGAAAAUGUUCAUGCGACUCCAGGGCCUGUCGCUACUGUGGAGUUGGAUGGUCGACUGUGAGGACGAGAAGACGGAUUCACUGGCAUCCAGCAUCAUUGAUGUACUGUCACAUCUUCCUGUUGCUAGUCUAAAUCCACUACUUGACAGCAAAGUUCUCUCCCAGGUCAGGAAGUGGUCGACUCCCAAUGCCUUGGCUGUCAGCGCCAAGUCUUCAGGAGCGAGCACCGCUUCGCCAGCAUCAGAAGCAACAGUAGCAGCAACACCUAACUCUCCGGUGAAAACUGUAGCCGAGCCAUCCAGCCUUGGCGUAACGCAAAUCAAUGGUGUGGAUGAGGUUCGCUGUCAUUCUCCGGCUAAUGACUCGGACGCAAAGAGUUCGCCAUCUCCAACUGAGACCAAACGUACACCACCCACCUCUGAUUCUGGCGUGGGCUCUCCAGAUGCAGGUGCAGAUGCAUGUGAUAGUGGUACGGAUAGCAACAACAUGAUGCCUUACACGUCCAAUGAUGAUAAGUCUUUUGUUCACGUUGCUGCACAAAACCUCUUAGAAAAGUGGAGCGAACUGAAGGAGGUCUAUCGAAUACCGAAGAAGACGGUGCAACAAACCAAGAAUGGUGUUGAAGAAGUGAUAGAGCAGCAACCACCCGCAGCACCUGUGCAGCCACGCAGUAAGCCCAAGUUUGAAUCAUCCUCCGAGCGGUAUUCCUCGCGAAGGAGCUGGUCACACGCUUCAUCGAGACGAAGCAGAGAGCAUGGCCAGUAUUCACCACUGCAUAGAUCUUCAAAACGCUGGGAUGGCUCACACGAUCGCAACCGUUAUCGAUCUGACUUGCCACCGUCAGGCAUUUCAACCGUCACAAAUCGUCCGUCUGCCUACUAUGAUAUUGCUGGCAGUCCACACUCCCAAAGUGGUGCUGGUGGGGUUCGAAGCAGUCAUGGUCUAUCGUCCUCGUCUCCUCAGUAUAUCCAAGGACAUCCUGCUUAUACAGCUAAUCCUGUUAUUGCUGCUGGAUCAGCAGCAGUAGCACCGUUGCAGCUUGCUCCUAACAAUUUGUAUGCUCUGCCCAACGUUGUUGGCGUUCCUGACGUGUUUACUUAUCAGAGUCUGUACAUCCAACACCAACAGCAGCAGUUAGCAGUACUCAGUUCCGUUCUAGCUGCACCGCUGGCAGAAGUGGUGAUAGCAGAUGCUCAGCCAAUGCAGAUUGUGGACGAUGAUGAAAUGGCCAUCACGUCUCACUCACCUUGUCAUGAGGAAGAGGUGGCGGCCACUGAUGCUGCUUCUGACACGUCGUGUGAUAUCGAGUCAUCCCCACUCAACCUACCAUCUGACUGGAGCUAUGCUCGCGAUCAAGAAGGCCGGGUGUACUAUUAUCACCUUGUUAACAGACAGCCACAGUGGGAACGUCCCGAUGAAGAGUUCCAACCACCGCUGCCUGAAGAUGUGAGUACACCGGAGGAGCCUGCACCACCUCUUCCAGAUGACACCAAUGAUGUGGCGCAGAAUGCUGAAUGCCGUGGGUCCUCUUCUAAUGGCUCCGUGCCUACCAGCCAACCCAAGAAGCCAUCAAGUUCCAAACGACGCCGUUCUUCUAACGAUGAGGAGCCGGAGGACUCUGAGCAUCCCACAAAGAAAACAAGCUUACCUAAAUCUGAGCGGAAUCACGAGGCGUUCCGGGCUGAUGUUUCUGUGGUGGUCAUCCAGUUGCUUAAUCCCUACCUGAAGCCCGACUGCAAGCAAGGGCGCAUUCAGAGCCCAGAUGACUUCAAGUAUUUGGCAAGAAAGCUGACGCAUGAGAUUGUCCAGAAGGAAAUGAAACACAAGCCUAGCGCUCGGCCGGAGCUCACGGGCACCGUCCGCGAUAAAGUGACGAAAUUCGUGCGAUCCUACAUGAAGAAAUGUAAAGACAAGUACGAGCGUGUGAAAACGUAAGUACUUCAUGACCACUAGCCCAACAUUUUAUUUUUCAAUUUUCAACUUUUUAUCCCCAUGUGAUUUCUCCUGCAUGUAGUAUACCAUGUGAGCAAUACUGGAAAGAACCAAGUCCAUGAUCUGAUCUUAAAAUUAUUGAAAUUUCUUUUAACAGAGUGUCUCUGCGCACAACUAUGAUAGCACCGCCUACCUUCUUUUUAUCAAUGUCCACUUCUAACGAUCCAAAACCUCUGAGUAGUUCGAUCUGUAGGAGCAACUCGGGUUCAUGUUCAUCUUCCAUGGCAUGGAUUGUUGUUCUGUCUACACGUGAGUGCUGUGUUGUUUGCUCCACGUCUUUGUACCCAAUGGCUGUUUGUUUUUAUUAAAGCGGAUAGUGUGUGUAUCUUAUUCUUUUCAAUGUGAAAUAGGUAGAUCUGCUUAGCUGAGUAUGUAGCCAGCCUUUUCAGUAGUGUGCCAUGGGCUGUGGUCCGUUUUGAUGUUGGACACUCUUUUUUUUACUUUCUCCUCCCAUCUGACCUCUGAGAGUGACCACACCGCGGUUUUGGAUCCUUGAAUGACGUGAGUCUGUCUGUGUGUGCGUGCGUGCGUGUGUGUGUGUGCGAGUCCUCUUGUGCUGUGUGCUUGCCGGUCAUGACAAGUAGGCUAUGCAACUUAUCUCCUGUACCAAGUCUGUCCUUUAUUUUAUGAACUGUACACUCUCGCCGAGUUUGUGCUAAUAUGUCUUAGGCUUGCCGUGUACUUCGCGAGUAUUUUCUCUUUUUUUUCAAUGCUCUAGUUUUUGUUCUUGAGUGAUAGCACACGCCUGAAUAUAUAUUCAUGAAAUCGACAGCACAACACCGCAGGCUGGUCCUUUUGAAAUUUCAGUAUAUUCGACAACUGAA